UCCAGUCAGUCAUGUCGGAGAUACUUGACCUUUCUUUUCUGUCUGAGAUGGAAAGGGAUUUGAUCCUCAGUGUUCUACAACGAGAUGAAGAGCUCCGGAAAGCAGAUGAGAAAAGGAUUAGGCGACUGAAGAAUGAGUUACUGGAGAUAAAAAGGAAAGGGGCCAAAAGAGGCAGCCAACACUAUAGUGAUCGCACCUGUGCCCGGUGCCAGGAGAGCCUGGGUCGGUUUAUUCCGAAAACCAACACUUGCCGAGGUUGUAAUCACUUUGUGUGUCGGGACUGCCGCAUCCAGGAGAGCAAUGGUACCUGGAGGUGCAAGGUGUGCGCCAAGGAAAUAGAAUUGAAGAUGGCGACUGGAGACUGGUUUUAUGACCAGAAGGUGAAUCGCUUCGCUUACCACACAGGAAGUGAGAUCAUCAGGAUGUCCCUGCGCCGCAAACCCGCAGUGAGUAAAAGAGAGACCAUGCCACAGUCUCUCCUUCACCAGUCACAAGUGGGCAGUAUCUGGCCGGGGAGAAAGAGCAUCCAGGAGCAACAUAAAGAUUCCAGUUCCAGUGUGCCAUUUGAAGUGCCUAAGCUAAAAAGUGGAAAGAGUGCACUGGAGGCUGAGAGUGAGAGUCUGGAUAGCUACACUGCUGACUCCGAUAGCACAUCCAGGAGAGACUCUCUGGAUAAAUCUGGCCUCUUUCCAGAGUGGAAGAAGAUGUCUGCCCCCAAAUCUCAAGUACCUUUGGUAAUGGAAAUUAAUCCUGAGGGUCAAAAUGUAGUAUCUGUUGAUGAGAGUGAAAUGAUUUUCAAGAAGAACACCAAAAUGAUCCUCAGACCUUCAGAAUAUACUAAAUCUGUGAUUGAUCUUCGCCUGGAUGAUAUGGAACCUGAAAGUGCUUCUUUGGGAGACAGAAGCAAAUCUGUCCCAGGCCUCAAUGUGGAUAUGGAAGAGGAAGAAGAAGCAGAAGAAGAAGAGGAUAUUGACCACCUGGUGAAGUUGCAUCGCCAGAAGCUAGCCAGAAGCAGCAUGCGAAGUGGCUCUUCCAUGAGUACAAUCGGCAGCAUGAUGAGCAUCUAUAGUGAAGCUGGUGAUUUUGGGAACAUCUUUGUGACUGGCAAGAUUUCCUUUUCUCUGAAGUAUGAACAGAAAACACAGACUCUGGUCAUCCACGUGAAGGAGUGCCACCAGCUGGCCUAUGCUGAUGCAGCCAAGAAGCACUCUAACCCAUAUGUGAAGACUUAUCUUCUGCCUGAUAAGUCCCGCCAAGGUAAAAGAAAAACCAGCAUUAAGCGGGACACUAUCAAUCCACUAUAUGAGGAGAUCCUCAGAUAUGAGAUCCCAGAAUCUCUCCUGACCCAGCGGACUUUGCAAUUCUCUGUUUGGCAUCAUGGUCGCUUUGGCAGAAACACUUUCCUUGGAGAGGCAGAGGUCCAUUUGGAUUCCUGGAUGCUUGAUAAGAAACUGGAUCAUUGCCUCCCUUUACAUGGAAAGAUCAGUGCUGAGUCCCUGACUGGCUUGCCAUCACACAAAGGCGAGUUGGUGGUUUCAUUGAAAUACAUCCCAGCCUCCAAACUCCCCAUUGGAGGUGACCGGAAAAAGAGUAAAGGUGGGGAAGGGGGAGAACUCCAGGUGUGGAUCAAAGAAGCCAAGAACCUGACUGCUGCCAAAUCAGGAGGGACUUCAGACAGCUUUGUCAAGGGAUACCUCCUUCCCAUGAGGAGCAAGUCCAGUAAGCGUAAAACUCCUGUGAUGAAGAAGACCCUGAACCCCCACUACAACCAUACAUUUGUCUACAAUGGUGUGAGACUGGAAGAUCUACAGCACAUGUGCCUGGAACUGACUGUGUGGGACCGGGAGCCUCUGUCCAGCAAUGACUUCCUGGGAGGGGUCAGGCUGGGUGUUGGCACUGGGAUCAGUAAAGGGGAAGUGGUGGACUGGAUGGACUCGACUGGGGAAGAAGUGAGCCUGUGGCAGAAGAUGCAACAGUAUCCAGGGUCUUGGGCAGAAGGGACUCUGCAGCUCCGUUCCUCGAUGGCCAAACAGAAGCUGGGCUCAUGAGCCCCUGUCUUUCUCUGAAGGUCCAGCCCUGUUCAGGGCAAGACAGAGGAAGUGAAGAAACCAAGAGCAAACAUUUAUAAUUUAAUGUGUGUAUAAACUUGUAUUUCUACAAAUCUCCAUACAGAGUGAUACAGACUUUUCUUUUUAUAGAAGGUUCAAGAAUAAGCGCCUCUUCUAAAUGUUUUUAUUUAUGUAUACAAUCCAGUAUUUUCAGAGUCUCUUUUUCUUGCAUCUUUAUAAAGUUUAAUGACAUCUUUAAAAAAAACAUUGUUUUAAUUGCUCAUCUUUCUGUCCUGUUUCGAGUUUCCGGGGAAUACCCCAGUUCCCUUUCAUAUUCAUACUGGCCUGUAUUUCAAGGUGUGCCUGAUCUGAGGUCAAGAAUCUGGGAAGCAGGGUUGGGUUCUUAAAUACAGGAGAAUUUGGGAGAAAGGUGAGUAAGUACUCUCCCUCAUCUCCAAUCCAUGCUUUCAACUAAUUUUCUGCUUUGAUACAUUUUCUGAAACUUGGCUUUUAACUCUUCUCAUUUGAAAGCAGUUUUCACCUUCCUUGAACUCCUAGUGGUUUUCUCUGAAAUGCUUUAAAAGUUCUUCUGUUCUUUCUGGUU